AUGCACUUUGAAGCUUCCGACCUCGUCCCGGCCGCUCCCCUCCCAACGGGCCCUUUCCAGGCUCGCCCAGCACCUACUCCAGCCAUGACAACCAGUCCCUCCCGCGAGGGCUCGACACCGACCAGCAAUGCCCCCGCGCCGCCGCUCCCUCCUGCUGCUUCGGCCCAGCACAACUCGCUCCUCCACACGGACCUGCAGCCGCCGCCGUCGCCGCGGACGCAUCGCGCCCUGCGGCGUCUCCAAUCCGCGCACACGCUCGGCGCCAAGGCCGCGAGCCAGGCAAACGCGCUCAUCGCGCCGCACUACCGCGACGCGCUGCACCGCAACGCCUCGCCCGUGCGCGGCAGCAGCAGCAACGCCGCGACGAUACCCACGAUGCCCCCUCGCCCGCCCGUCGUCGUCGUGCCCGCGCCGCAGCGGAGCAGGGGCCGCGCCAAUAGCGAUGCCGUCGCCCCCAUGAUGCACACGAUGAACGCCCCUAUGCGGCGCCCAGGCGCCGCCACCAAGCCCGUCUUCUCCCACGGCCAUCUCUCGCUGCAGCAGAUUAUCCGCGAGGGCCCGACAGACGGCGACUUUAUCGGGGCGCUGGAGAGCGCGCGGUGGAAGGUGGUCGACGAGGGCGUCAAGAGUGCCGAAGACGGCAUGUCCACCGUUCGCAUCUACGUCUGGCUCGUCCUGCUCGACGCCCCCAUCAUGCCCACCGACGACUACCUCGGCCUCAUCCACCGGGGCGCCUCGCCCGCGUACGCCAAGAUCCGCAACGACACCUUCCGCACGCUCACCACCGAUCCGCUCUUCCGGCGGCGCGUCAGCGAGGCGAGCCUCAUCCGGCUGCUCAACGCCGUGGCGUGGAAGCUGCACGACGCGCGCGAGGCCGAGCGCCAGCAGCAGGAUCCCGAUGCGCCGCUGAUCCUCCAGAGCCGGCCGGGCAGCAGCCACUCGUCGCGGCCGACCCGCGAAUCCCUCACAGGCGGCGGCGGCGGCAGCAUGUCCGGCGCGGGGGGGUCGCGCGCGGGCGCGCCCGAACCCGGCACGUACGUGCAGGGCAUGAACGUGCUGGCGGCGCCGUUCCUGUACGCGGCGCGCAGCGAGGGCGAGGCGUUUGCCGCGUUCCACACGCUGCUCACGCGCGAGUGCCCGGCGUACAUCCGCGGCGCCAUGACGGGCGUGCACCGCGGCCUGGCGCUCGUCGACCGCGUCCUCGCCGUCGUCGACCCCCGGCUCAGCCUGUACCUCACCGCCAAGGGGCUGGCGGCAGAGAUCUACGCCUUCCCGUCCGUGCUCACCCUCUGCGCCUGCACCCCCCCGCUGCCAGAGGUGCUCAAGCUCUGGGACUUCUUGUUCGCGUAUGGGCCGCACUUGAAUAUCCUGUGCAUCGUCGCCCAGCUCACCAUUAUGCGCGCGCAGAUUCUACAGUCGCCAAGCCCAAAUAAAGUCUUGCGCUCGUUUCCGCCGCUGAAUGCCGACCUCAUCAAGAGCGUCACCAUCGGCAUCAUCAAGCAGAUCCCCGACGACAUCUACGCCGACAUUGUCGUCCACGCGCAGUAG